GGAUGACUUGGAUUGCACGCACACGCAUGGCCAUGGGAAGAGCACUAACGGAUUUGCGUGCGUACCAUCUCGAUGCUGACCGAGGAACCCUGCUGGCAUCGAAGAAGAAGCGCCCCUGCACAUCUGACGUGACUGGCUUGAACGUCAUCCAAAAAACGGACGCCGACAUCGCAGAAACGGAUGCCAACGACACACAUUAG